GUUUCGGGUUACUGGAGGAGGCGAGCCCGAGGAGGAUAUCCUUUGCUGUUCGGACGCGUUAUUUUCGGUUUUAUGUCGGACUUUAGAGCCUUUAACUCCCAAACAAAAGCCUCGUUUUGUCGGCAAUGAGGAGUUUAAAGGUAUAAGACACUUCAGAGAAGACUAAAGGAACUAUAUAGCCUGGAUUUUGUCUUUGCUGUCAUGGACAAGACUUGGCGAGUUGAGUUUAGAAAUGUGGGCUGCACUUACUUCCCUCAGAGCAGAGUGGAUUGUCACUACACUAUAAGCUCACUGCACAGCUGGGCCAGCAGUGACUGGAUUGGACUCUUCAAGGUGGGAUGGACAUCAGCAAAUGACUAUGAAACAUUUGUUUGGGCCUUGGCUCCAACUGACUAUGAAGAGGGCACAGAUGUCAACUGCUGUGUGCAGUUCCAAGCCUGCUACUUGCCCAAGCCCAGCUCCCAAGAGUAUGAGUUUGUAUAUGUUGACAGUAAAGGGGAGGUGUGCUCCCGGAGCUCCAAGUUCAGUUUUUGUGCUCCAAAGCCACUUGAAGAUCUGGUGACCCUUGAGGAAGAGUCCCAUGGUGAAGAUGAAAGUACAGACAUGCUGUUGGUAAUACCCAGGGCCGAACUGCUGCAGAGUCGGCUGCAGGAGUGUCUGCAGAAGCAAGCUGAGCUUUUGCAAAAGCAGGAAGUGGCAAAAAGGCAAAAGGAGGAAGAGAGAGAGAGAAACAAGAGGGCGAAGGAGGCAUGGGACAGACAGCGCAGAGGGCUGGAACGUGAUAUUGCCUGGCUGAAAGAAGAGCUGACACAGAGUCAAAAAACAAUUGAGGAAAUAGAAAGGAAGCAGAAGGAGGAGCGGGCUUUAGGAGAAUCACUUAGCCUGGAAAAAACUGCAUUAAUGAAUUCCAAGGAGGCGAGUGACAUGCAAAUAAGAGAGCUGGAGGUGGAUGUCAGAACCCUAACACAGAGAGCUGUGGAAAGAGAGACAGAGUUGGAGAGAAUGAAGGAAAGAGCCAAAAGGGCUGCCGCCUUGAGAAAAGAAGAAGAGAUUGAAAGGAAGAGCCUGCAGACUAAGCUGGAGCAGACAGAAGCUGAGCUCAGAAGUCUGUCUAAGGAGUUUCAGAGUCUUAGGAACUCCCUCGCACAGAGAGACACCAGCGUGCUGCAACUCCAGAACACCAUCACCACCCUCACACAGAAACUCACCACUGCCCACAGGAAGGAGGCAGAGAGUGAAGCAUCGCUGAAAGAGAUGAGGAGUCUGCGGGGGCGUCUCCACAUGAGUGAGCGCACCGCAGAAGGCUUAAAGAGAGAUCUCAGCGCCAUGGUGGCUCAGAGGGAUCACGGGCAGGCCGAACUGCACCAGGCUCAACUCCAGGCUGCACGGCUCGCCAUUCAACUCGCAGAUGUCAGUAUGACCCUGAGAAAAGACAGCGCCCACUGGGAGGAAGAGAGAGAAAAUCUGCAGCGCUCUGUUGAGAUGGACAAGAAGCGCUUGGAGAAACUCAACAUGGAGUUUCAGAGGAUUGAAGAAAAACUGCAGGAGGAAAAGAUGGAAAGAGUAAAACAGGAAGUUGAGCUUGGAAGAGAAAAAGACUGCAAUAGGGUUCAGCUGAGUGAAACCCGGAGGGAGCUUCAAGAGCUGAAAGCCAGCCUGAGGGUGGCCCAGAAGGAGAAGGAACUGCUACAAGCAGAGAAACAGGAGUUGAUGGAGUACAUCUGUCAGCUGGAGCAGAAGAUGGGAACAGUGACCACUGCCAGGUGGGACGCUGCUCCGAUUGCCUCCACAGGUCCCGACGCUGCCUUAUCGGACUCAGAUGAUGGGAGUCCAGAGGCUGUACAGAUCCUCCAAUCACCAAGAGCUCUGGGACACUACAGCCUGUGCGAGCAGGGUCAGCCUGACUCCUUACUCCUGUCGACCCCCCCUCCCUCACCGAGGGACAUGGACAGAAGUGCAGUGGUGAUCAACCAGCCUGCCCCGCUCUCCCUGCCACACCAGGCCACAGCCAACACUCUGGCACACAGCUCUGAUUCGGAGGAGGAAUCUGAUCCAGUUCAGUGUGGAAGGAAAAGCUCUGCAGAGGAAAUGGCACAUUUUCUUCCAGAGUACGACACUGUUCUCAGUGAUCUGGACAGUCCGUUAUGGUGACGAGAGAACUUCCAGCCACGGCCACAACAACAGGAAAGGACUUUGCUGGAGUUUGUUUCCAGUUCUGUCAGACGAACAAGCACAUAAACAUAAUGUUAAUAUGCAAUUACUGUAUAUCUGCUGCCAGCCAUUUUUUUUCUUUCUUUCUACUUUAGACUGUUGUGUUGUUGCCUUGAUUGUUUUGACAGUGUUUGGCCGGUCAUGUUUAUGACUUGCAUAAGACUGUUGCUCAGUUUGUAGUGGCGCGGUUUUCGGCAUGCGCUCCAGUGUUUUAGAGUCUGCACGCUGUAGCAGAAUGGUUUUUCGUUGAAUCAUUGCUUUGUCGAGAGCUUUACGACAGAUGCAGUGUCGUUUUUAUGGCAGUUGUGAUUAGGAGUCACGACAGGCGCUGUAAUUAUGAUGUUUUGUGCAGGUCUGGCUCCACGAAAAAUCGUAGCAAAACUCUAAUUUAAAUCCAAACUUUUCAUGGCAGCAUAAAGAAACAAAAUAUAGUCAUGCUAAAAUAUAUUCCUUUAAAGCAGGUCUGUGUCAUAUUUCUCCUCCAUUUACUCACAACUAAGAUUUGAUGAGCACUUUUUUUGUUUAUUAUAGCAGUUGAUUGUUGUCAUGCAGGUGCAGUGAAAAGAGACUGAGUGAAGCAAAGACUUUCUUUUUAAUUAGUAAGCUUUUUGAGAUAAUUAGAGUCAAUUAAGGCAGAUGUCACAUGCAUGCAGUUUUCUACAUCUGUAGCUGCGUAUAAUUAUUAUAAAACUGCUCCUACUCUUUCCAGAUCUGCUACGAAUUUUUUGUUAAUGAACAAAGAUGUUGUGUUUCAUAAUAGUUAAAAUUAUCAUCAUGUUCAUUUGCAUAUUUAGCUGGAGCCUUUAUUACAGUUUAUCGUAUGCAAAAAAUCUUAACUCAUGCAGUUUUUAAAUUUGUGCCUAAAAUUAUAACCUAAGAGUAGAAAAAAAAAUCAUUUUUAAAUAUCCUGACGCAGCUUUUAGGUGUUUGUUUUUUUUUUCUCCUGGAACUAUAAUGCCC